AUGAUCAGAACCGGACACACUGAAGCCCAACCGAAGCUGACGAACUUAUCAGAGAAAAGGUUAGGUUUAUGCGAGGCAUGUAAUGUUAGCGUAGCCCAGUAUACUUGCCCACGUUGUGAGGUUAAAACAUGUAGUUUGGCGUGUUUGAACCUUCACAAACAAGAACUUAAAUGUGAUGGCACAAGAGACCGUACGAAGUACAUUCCGCUGGUGAAAAUGACAAGAAUGGAUCUUAUGAACGAUUAUUACUUCUUGGAAGAGUGCACUAAAUUUGUACAAGACCGCAAGCGGGAUCACAGAAAGCGGUUCACGUGUACUAAUAAACAUCUACCGAAUCAUUUGGUUCGACUUCAGCGAGCUGCGACGAGUCGUGGAACAACGCUAAAGUUUCUGUUACAACAUUUUAACAAACGACAGAAGAAUACUACAUACCUGGAUUUCAAAAGUGGCAACAUUUUGUGGCGCAUCGAAUGGUGUUUUCCAGAUGGCAAUGAAACAUUCGUAUUUGUAGACGAAAAUGUGAGCGAAGACUGUAAACUUCACGACAUUGUUGAUAAAUUUUUACAACCUGCAGGGAAAAGUAGUAUACCCGGGGCAGCCAAACUUGCAUACUAUCAGGCACGAGGAAUUUCAGCACUCCAAUUGUUGCUAAAAGCAGAAGGAAUACAACAAUGCCACAAUCGAACUUUACCGCUUAACAUAACCGAUACGCUUCGCGAAUCAUUAAGACACAAAACUGUAAUAGAGUUUCCAACUAUUUAUGUUGUGUUUAAGGAUCAGUCGGACCGAUUCAACGUCAUCGAUAGCGAUGACGAUAUGGAGGCUGAAAAGCAUAAUUACAAUCGUUUUCUGAGUGAAAGCCAAAAAGAUAUAGCUCGUAGUUCAAAUGUAGAAAACAUAGAAGGUCGUUUGGACAAAAUGAAACUUGAACAAAUUCAACACGGUAUUACGAAGCACAGAGUAGGCCCUCUCAAUAGUGCUUGUAAUUUUCUUUUUAGCGAUGAAAAGUUUCUAAACGAUUUGUCAGAUUCUGAUGAGGAAUCAUUGAGCGAGGGGUCAAGUGUGCCAAAAAAGCGCAAACCAGAUUCCGUAAGCUCCCGUGAUGAUAAAGAUCUACAUCUUGGUGAUUAA